AUGGAUCGCAGCUGUUCGCGUGCAUGUCGACGUCGUCCAAGCCUCAGUUUCUGCGCUGAUUUCCCUCCAUUACCGUCUAGGAAUGGUGCUGAACUACGACUUGUUACUCCACCCAAGCUUAGUAUAACUCCUCAACCACUGCUUAUUAUUCCACCCAUUCUGACAAGCAAAUCAGAUACCAUUCGUAAGAAAGCAACUCCUGAAUCAUCGCUUGUUAUCCCACCCAUGCUCGAAACCGGUUCAGAUGCUAUUCGCGGAAAAGCAACCGCAGAAAUACCGCUCGUUAUUCCACCUGCGAUCGAAUCGAUCGAAACGGGGUCAGAUGCUACUCAUGUUAGGGCAGUCACUGAACCACCACUUGUUACCCCACCUAUAAUCGAAAUCACCGGGUCAGAUGCUAUUCGUGAUAAAGAAACUCCGGGACCAUUGCUUGUUACCCCACCCAUGAUUGAAGCCACCACAUCAGAUACCAUUAGUGGGAAAGCAACUCCGGAACUAUUGCUUUUUACCCCACCCAUGAUCGAAAUCAGGGGGUCAGAUGCAACUCGUGUGAAGGCGACUGCUGAACAACCGCUUGCUUCCCCAGCCAUGAUCGAAACCGAGCCAGAUGCCAUUCGUGAGGAGGCCGCUGAACCACCGUUCAUUAUUCCACCUAUGAUCAAAACCGGGGCAGAUGCUACUCGUGAGUUUAAUUAUUGUAAUGUUUAA